AAAUAAAAAAUAAAAAAGCGGAUAAUCGGUUCGUUUCGCUUCACUGCUACUGCAUGUUCUUCUUCUUCUUCUUCUUCUUCUUCUUCUUCGCUACCAUUUCCUCUUCAAUUUUCUUAAAUUCAUUUUAAUGGCGCUAGGGUUUCAUUUCAACUAAACCAGAACCAUGAAUCUCUCACUAGCAGCAGCACCACCUUCUUCGUCUUUUCGCAGCAACCUCUUCAUUCCUCUAUCGCGCUGCGCCUCCUGCUUCCAAUUCGAUGUCCGUCUCCACCACCACUCCUCCAACGGUUUUCGCCAUUCGCGUUCUCAUCACCAUCGCAGAGCCUUGAAGCAGAUUCGGAAUCCAAGGAAGAGAGGGAUUGCUUGUAGUGUUACCGAGCCUGACGGUAAUAACGAUGAUGAGGAUAAAGAAGCGCAUAAAAAUGGGGAAACACAACCUUUGGAAGGUUCCUUUGAGCAAAGUACCCCUCCACCAGUAGAUGCUGAACAGCUGAACAAGUUUAGUGAUGAAAAUAAAGAACAAAAUGACACGCAGGAUGUGGAUAGCGUAGAAGUUGCCAGUGGGUCACCUCUGCCAGGUGUGAAGCCUCAGCAACUGGAUGAAGCAAUAAAAAUUCCCAAGGAAACAAUCGAAAUUCUUAAAAACCAAGUCUUUGGCUUUGAUACUUUUUUCGUAACAAGCCAAGAUCCUUACGAGGCCGGAGUGUUGUUCAAAGGAAACCUGCGCGGGCAACCUGGUAAAAGUUAUGAAAAGAUAUCAAAGAGAUUGCAAGAUAAAUUUGGAGAUGAAUACAGGCUUUUCCUUCUAGUCAAUCCUGAGGAUGAUAAGCCUGUUGCUGUUGUGGUUCCAAGAAUAACCUUACAACCAGAGACAGCUGCUGUACCUGAGUGGUUAGCUGCUGGAGCUUUUGGACUGGUCACGGUGUUUACCUUGCUGCUUCGCAAUGUUCCUGCAUUGCAAUCUAAUUUGUUAUCAACUUUUGACAAUCUGAACUUGUUAAAGGAUGGCCUACCUGGAGCCCUUGUUACUGCACUUGUACUGGGGAUACAUGAACUUGGUCACUUUUUAGUUGCCAAAAACACCGGAGUUAAGCUUGGGGUCCCAUACUUUGUUCCUAGCUGGCAGAUAGGCUCCUUUGGUGCUAUUACAAGGAUAAGAAACAUAGUACCCAACCGUGAAGUUCUGCUUAAGGUUGCAGCUGCUGGACCUAUAGCCGGCUUUUCCUUGGGUCUUGUGCUUCUGCUUCUAGGUUUUGUCUUACCUCCCAGUGAUGGUAUUGGUGUUGUUGUUGAUGCUUCAGUGUUUCACGAGUCAUUUCUUGCUGGCGGUAUUGCAAAAUUACUUCUUGGUAACGUUCUCAAGGAAGGAACUGCUAUUUCUCUCAACCCUCUGGUGAUUUGGGCUUGGGCAGGACUCCUUAUUAAUUCCAUCAAUAGUAUUCCUGCCGGAGAGCUUGAUGGGGGAAGGAUUUCUUUUGCCAUUUGGGGAAGAAAGGCUUCAUUUCGUUUAUCAGGAUUUUCAAUUGCGUUGCUUGGAUUCUCAUCACUGCUUAAUGAUGUAGCUUUCUACUGGGUUGUUCUCAUAUUCUUCUUGCAGAGAGGUCCAAUUGCUCCUCUCUCUGACGAAAUAACUGAUCCUGAUCAGAAGUAUGUUGCUCUUGGAGUAGCAGUUUUGCUCUUAGGCUUGUUGGUAUGUUUGCCAUAUCCUUUCCCAUUUACAGAUGAAACCCUCACAAGUUUCUAGAAAUAAUGGCCUCCAAACUCGGGCAGCAGUGCACUUAGAGUGUCAGUACACGAAGGUUUUUAGAACUGAGGGUACGCUGUAGUAUUCUCAAGGAGUCAAAAUACCAACAUUGGCUCAUAUGCUAGGUGAAUAAUCAAGCGUCAAAAUUUUAGGCUUCAAACGUCCCAGUUUUGUAAUUCAUGAUUCAUUAGUAAUGGGCAUUUUUCUUUUAAUUUUAAAUUCCAGUUGUUCACUGUGUAUAAGGCUGGAAUUUGGAGCUUGAAACAAUUACUUGAAGAAAUAGGAAUCAAGAAUGUCAAAUGCUUAUAACAUGUACUUUAUUCAAACUGGACACAGGAUCAUUUUCCAAAUGCACAAGGUUAGAUUCUGAUCUUCCAUUACCAAAGUAUAGGAUUGUGUUUCUUACAGGGUUAUUUCUUUUAUAUAUAGGUAUUUCACUUGUAUCUCA